CUCACGCGCGCUGCUCUUACCCUCUCUCUUUCUCUCUCGUUCGCGCGCGCUCAUCUCCAUCAUUCAAUCGCUACUGAGAAAAAAAAAACCCGCUGGCGCAAAACAGAUGGGAAGGCAUCCGCGGAUUUUGCGAUCGUUACUGUGCAGAGAAUAGCCGUCAAAACUUAACGGACACCAAAAAGAAGUUCAUUUCCCCUCCAGAAGAAUUCUGGACUGAGAACUUGAGGACAUUUCUCGUCUUUUCACGACUGGAAAAGGCAGGGUAGGCCAUGCCAUUCAGCUGUUUGAAACCUGGAGAGAAGAAGGACUACAGCAGUCCAACAGAGAUCACAGACAAAUAUGAUCUGGGCCAGGUUGUUAAAUCGGAGGAGUUCUGUGAGAUCUUCAGGGCAAAGGAUAAGAACACACUGAAAAUGUACACCUGCAAAAAAUUCCUGAAGAAAGAUGGAAGAAAAGUGCGGAAGGCUGCAAAAAACGAGAUUCUCAUCCUAAAGAUGGUGAAACACCCCAACAUCCUCCAGCUGGUCGAUGUCUAUGAGACCCGGAAAGAGUACUAUCUUUUCCUUGAGCUAGCCACAGGUCGGGAGGUAUUUGACUGGAUUCUGGAUCAAGGCUAUUAUUCUGAGAGGGACACUAGCAAUGUCAUCAGACAGGUGAUGGAGGCAGUUGCUUACCUGCACAGCUUGAAGAUCGUUCACAGGAACCUAAAGCUUGAGAAUCUGGUGUAUUUCAACCGACUGAAACAUUCGAAAAUAGUCAUCAGUGAUUUCCAUCUGGCAAAACUGGAGGAUGGACUCAUCAAAGAGCCCUGUGGAACCCCAGAGUAUCUGGCCCCAGAGGUUGUUGGGAGACAGAGAUAUGGCCGACCUGUGGACUGCUGGGCCCUUGGUGUGAUCAUGUACAUAUUGCUCUCCGGAAAUCCUCCAUUCUAUGAUGAAGCAGAUGAUGAUGACUAUGAAAACCAUGACAAGAACCUCUUCCGGAAGAUUCUAGCUGGAGACUAUGAGUUUGACUCGCCAUACUGGGAUGAAAUUUCAGACUCUGCUAAAAACUUAGUGUCACGUCUUAUGGAGGUGGACCAGGAUCAGAGACUGACUGCACAAGAAGCCAUCAACCAUGAAUGGAUAUCUGGAAAUGCUGCUUCAGACAAGAACAUCAAGGAAAAUGUGUGCGCACAAAUUGAGAAGAACUUUGCCAAAGCUAAGUGGAAGAAAGCUGUACGGGUCACAACCAUGAUGAAGCGUCUCAGGGCACCAGAGCAUCAGACAGCAGCAGCAGCAGCAGCCGUACCAGGUGCACCUAACCCUGCAGAGGGGGCUCAGGAAAACCCUCAAGCUCCAUCGGAGGCCGACACAAGUACCGCUGAAAGCAACUCGAUGAGCACAGAAGCCCCUGCUGUGGAAGCUCCCAGUGCUGAAGCAAUGGCUGCCACCGUCCAGCCACCAGCUGAGCCUGUUCUCCAUGCCCCAGCUCCCGAACAGCCUGAUCCAACAUCACGAUGCAACGGAGAGGCUUUAGCCCCCCUGCCAUCGGACACAGGGGAGGAACAGAGCGGUUAAUCUCGCUACCUCUCUCCCACCUGCGUUUAGAUCCCGUUCACUUGUAUAUAAGCAGCAAGCAUGCUAAUACUGAUCCCACAGCUCAUAGCAUUAACCUCAACAUGCUCUAUCAUGAGCCGACUUCUAAAACCUUUCCCAUCAAGCAUCUGUUUUCUAUUGAAUCACAAGCUGUGUGACAUGUAUCGAAGGCUCUGGCUACUUUAACUUUGCAUAAAAGAAGAAAAAAGCUGUUUUCUGCUUACAUUAAGCCGAGAUCGAAAACUUCAGCACUGAUCUGCAUACUUGUUUUACGUUAGAUUAUCAAAGCAGGCCUCAUUUUAUAAGUAACUUUUUAAAUUUUUUUGCAUUGUGGUUAGUAAACAUCUGUCUUGAGCAGGUAGUCAGGGGAGCACAGAUACACAGCUUCAUGUGCAAUGUAAAGUUUCUGUAAAUAGCUUCCUAACCUCUGUAGAUUAGACGUAGCCAAGAACAGCAUGCUUUUUCAAAUCUGCCGUUUAUGACAUUUCAGCUUCAGCUUUAUGUGGACAUUUCAUGUCUUGAUCAAACACACACUCAUGAAAUUUUGCCAUCAGUUUAUAUGAGAAAUACUUCAGCAGCAACUAAGGCGGCUAAAUUCAUCUUGUUAUGGCAUUUGAAUGGUUGAGACAUGUGGCCCAAUAAAUGGAGCGGAGUAGGUAAACUUAAGAAAAACCUCAAAUCUGCUUGGUAGCUAGCCACAUGAACAGUGGAAAAACUAAUUUGUUCUCAUAAUGUAUUAUAUACUCAUUCCCAUACACUGUACAUGUUUUGAAUAAUAUCAGUUUUAAAAGUACAAAGCCAUGCACAGUGAAAUUAGUUUUCAAUAGGAUUUCAUCUGAAGCAUAGAUGUACAUAAGUUACAGUGGUUAUACUUUGAGACUCUUUCAUUGGGUUGAAUAUUUACUCAGACAUUAUAUAUUUUUUUUUCUUGAUAUCUCCCUCUAUUAAUCUAUAAUGCAGUUUGAAUAUAUUCUGAGACAUUUAUUAGACUUAAACAUCAAAUUUUACAAAUAUAAAUUAUAGAUUUUCUUUUUAGAUUAAUCCAGAUUUUUUGAAAUGCAAAUAUGAAACAAGUAUCAGAUAUUUACUUAAUGCUGUUAAGUCAUUUUUAUUUUAAACUCUUAUACAAAACAGAUUAUGUCAAAUUAUUAUAUAAUUUAUCCACCUCCCACCCCAUACACAUUUUCAAAAUACAGGCACAAACAUUCAGAUUACAAUAACAAAGUUCUCAUUUAGUAACCCAUAAGUACUACAGGAAAUAAUUCGUAUUUUUGCACUUUCGGUUUCAUCAUUGUGAAGUCAGUGACUUCUUGAAUGGACCUUGGUUAAAUGCCUGAAAUAAGAUCUAAUAUUUUAAGAUUUUAAAAUAUCAUCGAGCCAAACAUUUACUAAUCUGCUUUUACAACUUUUGUGUUUAUACUCACAUUCUUGCAAGCUAUUCUAACUCAAAAAUUUCACAUUUAAAAAAUGUAGACUUUUAGACUGAAAAAAAAGUGUGACCUCUGUGUCGUUUGUUUAUAGCCUAACUUUAUACUUCAGGGGUGUAUUCCAGAAAUCACGGUUAACUUACCAUCAGCUAAACCCUCCAUUGGUUGAGAAACACCAAACCAUGAGUACUCAAGGUAUGUGGUUCCAAAAAUGCAUCCAGGAGCAAGUUCACUAAACUCAGAGUAUGUUUCUGAUUAAAUUGGAACCAGAAGCUGAGGUUAUCCGCUCGUGUAUCCUCAAACAUACCCGGGUAUGUCACAUAACCUGCUUUUUGUAAUACCCCCAGGUGAAUGUAUUUAGGUUUCAAAAUUAACAAAACAUUUGUUCAUUUGUGAUUAUCUUAAUUAAAAUGUGUAAGAAUCAUAAACGUAUUAGUCACAGAGCUUAUUUUCUACAGUAAAUUAACUAAAUUCUAUAGACUGUUUGUCAAGGGAACCAGGGUGAUGAUAACUUAUUGAUUAUCCCUGCAGCACUCUAUAUAAUGUAGAUUCUGCCUUUCACACUAAUAAUCCUUUUUGAGUCUAGCAGUAUUAGCCAAACCCUAGCUCUAAUGAUUUAACAUUUUAAGAGAUAGUUUUUUUGCCUUUUACUUAUUUUAUAGAAAUGUUUGCUGUCAGCAACAGACGCCCCAUCUUUAACAGUUUUAUACAGAUCUUUCUCAUUAAACAUUCACGCUUCACUAGUGAUUGGUGUUUACUGUCACUCAGGAUGGCAAUACUGAUUAAUUUCUUAGUUGUUGCGUUCUAUAGUAAAUGUAAAACUCAUUUUGUGCCAUCAUGAUUUGCACAUGAACAGGUUGAUGUCAACAUUACACAAACAUAUUUCUAUUUUAGCACAGACAAAUGGCAGGCGAUGUAGGAUUACAAGAGCUUGACGAAAGCAAAAAGAAACGGUCGACCUCUUAAUAUGAGCAAUAGUCUACAACUGCGAUACUGUGAUGCUACUCUCAAUGUCAGUGUCUUUGUGAACACUCGAUUUCUGAUGGGCGUGUCCUCUGUUGAAGUUGACAGUAGUGAUGUCAUACAGGAAGGGUGAGAAGCUUCUGACUUAAACAGGUCAGAUGAAGUCAGUGCACCUAUUGUACCACUAUUUCGAGCCUAUCUUACAGGUGAACAAAAACAGUGACGAAAGUUUCCCCUCCAGUGGCCAAUGAUUUGUAAUUGUGCAGUGGCGACAUGCUGUAAUUUUCCAAACAUCACAGGAAUCAAUGGAGGAUUGACUGAAGAAGGCCUUGAUAUGCAAUUAUGCUGUCAGUGGUCUAUUGAUUUGUGGUCUAUUGUGUGUGCUGUCACAGGUUUAUACUGAAGUGAGCUAUGAUAUACACUAGAUCUCACACGUGUCAUUGUCAUAUCUUUAACUUCUCUUUGCUCUUAUAAAAUAUUUCCUUUCUAAAAAUCCAUCCCGUACCUUUAUUUGUUCUAUUUACCUUGAAACUAUGAAAUGUUUUUUAUUUUUGUCUUUGAUUUAAUUUAGAAAUACUUACAGAAAUACGUACCGGUAAAACCUAAAAUACAGUACAGAGGGGUAAGUUUCAUGUAAGUCUGAAAAAAGAAAAUAAAUAAACACUUUUAUAGCAUUCAUGUAUACCGAAACCGCAACUAGAUACUGUGUUAUACAAAUUAAAAGCAAUUUUUUUUAAAUAGUGCUUCACUAUUGCCUUUGGUGUUCGAUGUCUGUUGAUUUCUUCAUCCUCUCUGUUCUUCUCAGUGUGGUUGACUGUGAACCUGUGAAUACACUGAGGACUGGUCUCUCUCCACUUUAACCCCUGUAUUCUUCAACUGACUUUAAAGCUUUCAAAAUAAACAUCCUGAAUCAUCA